AUGUCGACACCACCAGUUCGUCAGUGGGGAGUUACUCCUCCUAUCUCAACUGCUCUGCCAACCCCCGAUGAACUCGCCGCCAACGAUGAUUUGAUCUCGGAGCUCAAGGCCCAGAACAACUUUGAAAGUCCCGCGGAGACAGAGCGGAGGAAACAAGUUCUCCAGCUCAUUCAACGCGUAACCCACGAGUUUGUCAAGGUCGUCAGCCGAAAGAAGGGGCUGUCCCCUGCAGCAGUCGAGGCAGCAGGUGGAAAGAUUUUCACUUAUGGAAGUUAUCGCCUGGGUGUCUAUGGUCCUGGCUCGGAUAUUGAUACACUCGUGGUCGGCCCCAAGCAUGUCCUCAUUGACGAUUUCUUCUCAGACUUUCCCCCGCUGCUCGAGAAGAUGGCUCCCCCGGGGGCCAUUGAAAAGAUGACACCAGUUCCGGAUGCCUUCGUCCCGAUCAUCAAGCUGGAGUUGUCCGGUAUCAGUAUCGAUCUUAUCUUCGCCCGUUUGAUCGUGUCGUCGGUCCCUCUCAAUCUCGACUUGAAGAAUAACGAUUACCUCAGGGGGCUUGACGAGAAGGAGGUGCGGUCGCUGAACGGAACUCGGGUCACAGAUGAGAUUUUAGAACUGGUGCCCCAGCAGAAGACGUUCCGUCUUGCUCUGCGCGCAAUCAAGCUCUGGGCUCAGCGCCGGGCCAUUUACUCCAAUAUUGUAGGUUUCCCGGGUGGUGUUGCUUGGGCCAUGCUAGUAGCACGAGUCUGUCAGUUAUACCCACAUGCUACCGGGUCUGUGAUCGUCGGCAAGUUUUUCCGCAUCAUGAACAAGUGGGCGUGGCCCCAGCCCGUCUUGCUAAAGCCAAUCGAGGACGGACCUCUCCAGAUAAAAGUCUGGAAUCCCAAGAUUUACCAUGGCGACCGGUUCCACCUUAUGCCUAUCAUCACCCCCGCGUAUCCAUCGAUGUGUGCGACGCACAACAUCUCAAUGUCCACAAAGGCGGUUAUCCUUCGCGAGCUCCAGCGGGGAGGUGAUAUUGUAGACAAGAUUUUCUUGAAGCAGUUGACCUGGAAUGAUCUCUUUGCACGGCACUCAUUCUUCACACAGGAUUACAAAUACUAUCUCAGCAUCACUGCCUCAAGCAGAACUAAAGAAGCGGAAUCGGUGUGGUCUGGUCUCGUCGAAUCCAAGAUCAGACAUCUCGUCGGAGCUUUGGAUCGCAAGCCUACCAUUGCAGUGGCUCACCCAUUCCCAAAAGGCUUCGAGAGAGUGCAUAUCGUCUCCAAUGAAGAAGAAGCAGAGGCCGUAAAGAACGGUUCUACCAAGUAUCAGGAUAAAGGUACGAAGACGGAAACCACAGAUGAAAGGAAAGAUGCUGCACACCAAGCCGCAGCUCUCAGCGGAGUUGAGAAUGCCGAGGUGGAACCUGUCGGUGAGAAGAGCGCAAAUGGUGAUAGCCAUAUCAUUUACACCACGACCUAUUACAUCGGCUUGGAGUUGAAGCCAUUGGAGCCAGGCGCUUCCCGUUCGCUGGACAUCUCUACGGAUGCCCAGAUUUUUAAAUCUACAUGUACGUCGUGGGCAGGAUACCAACCCGGCAUCAAUGAUCUCUCCAUCACCCACGUUCGCAACUUUGAUCUUCCCGACGAUGUCUUCCAGCCGGGAGAAACGCGUCCCACGCGUCCCAAGAAGAAGAUCAUCAAGAAACCCGAAGCAGGUGCUCAGAAGCGAAGUAUCGAAUCUUUGGACGUAAGUGCAUGCAAGAGAGUCAAACAAGAUAACGAGCGGGAAACGAAUCAGCAGACGGAAGCGGAUAUUUCGCAUUUCGGUUGA